CCAACCUCCCCUAAGCCUCCUCUUUGCCCAAAAAAAGUCUUCUUUCAGAGGCUUCUGGGGGAAGAGGAAACACAAAUAGUUAGAGAGAGAAAGUUAGAGUGAGAGUGUGUGCUUGUUUUGGGAGAGUGUGGGUGGUUGGUGCAACCUCACUUAUGGCCACCCCUCUGUCUUCCUCUGCCAACAAUCGCAGGAGCUCACUGCUAAAAUACGCUCCAACUGCGCACUCCCAUAGCCUCAACCCCUUCGCCCCAAAACAAAACUAGCAAACCUGCAAUGCCAUCAACACUUUCCAUGGCGACGACUUCUAUCCUGCUACUUGUGGUUAUCUUAACCCACUUGCUAUCCUGCGCCGCCCGGCCCAGCCCCGAAACCCUAGCCGAGAUCGAAGCCCUGACUUCCUUCAAGCUCAACCUCCACGACCCUCUCGGCUCCCUCAACGGCUGGGACUCCUCCACGCCGUCAGCUCCCUGCGACUGGCGCGGUGUCGCUUGUUACAACAGCCGAGUCAGCGAGCUCCGCCUCCCUCGCCUCCAGCUCGCCGGACCACUCUCAACCCAAAUCGCUAACCUGCGCAUGCUGCGCAAGCUAAGCCUCCGUUCCAAUUUCUUCAACGGUACAAUCCCAUCUUCUCUCACCAAAUGCACUCUCUUACACUCUGUUUUCUUGCAAUACAACUCUUUCUCCGGCAACCUCCCGCCGGAGAUCGUCAAUCUCACCGGCCUCCAAAUCCUCAGUCUUGCCCAAAACCAACUCUCCGGCGAAGUCCCCGGCGACCUCCCUAAAAGCCUUCGAUUCCUCGAUCUUUCCUCAAACUCGUUCUCCGGCGAUAUACCCAGAAACUUAUCGACUCUAUCAGAGCUCGAGCUAAUCAAUUUGUCGUACAACCAGUUCUCCGGCGAGAUUCCGGCGAGCGUCGGUGCUCUCCAGAAGCUUCAGUACCUGUGGCUCGAUUACAACCUUCUUCAAGGAACUUUGCCUUCGGCGAUAGCUAACUGUUCAUCGCUUGUACAUUUCAGUAGUGAAGGAAAUUCAAUCGGCGGUGUGAUUCCGGCGGCGAUUGGAGCUCUUCCGGAGCUCCAAGUGAUUUCUCUAUCACACAACAAUCUCUCUGGUUCGAUCCCUUCUUCGAUUUUCUGCAAUGUUUCAGUUUAUGCUCCGUCGAUUCGAAUCGUGCAACUGGGUUUUAAUGGGUUCACGGACAUUGUUGGGCCUGAGACAGCGACGUGUUUCAGUGUUAUUCAGAUUUUGGACAUUCAACAGAAUCAGAUUCAAGGUGGGUUUUCUAUGUGGUUGACGAAUCUUUCAACUUUGACAAAGUUGGACGUUUCGGGUAACUCGUUUUCGGGUUCGAUUCCUGCUUCGAUUGGAAACUUACUGAGAUUGGAGGAGUUAAAGAUGGCGAAUAAUUCACUCAACGGUUUAGUUCCAGCUGAGAUCGCAAAAUGUAGCCUUCUUCGUGUUCUUGAUCUCCAAGGAAACAACUUUACUGGUGAAAUUCCUCUAUUUUUGAGUGAGCUCAGAGGUUUGAAAACACUCACACUUGGUGCAAAUCAUUUCUCAGGCUCAGUUCCAUCGACUUUCGGCAAUCUCACCGGCCUCGAAACUUUGAAUUUAGGGGAUAAUAACUUGACAGGAGACCUGCCGGCGGAGCUAAUGCAAUUGAGCAAUCUGAGCACAUUGAGCCUCAGCGGAAACAAGUUUUCGGGUCAAGUUCUGGCAAAUAUUGGGAAUUUAAGGCAGCUAUCGGUGCUGAAUUUGAGCGGUAAUGGGUUUUCGGGUACCAUUCCGGUGAGUGUGGGGCGUCUUUACAAGCUAACCACUCUCGAUUUGAGCAAGCAGAACCUUUCUGGUGAGUUGCCUUUUGAUCUCGCGGGUUUGCCAAAUCUGCAAUACAUUGCUCUGCAAGAGAACAAGUUAUCUGGGGAAGUUCUUGAAGGUUUCAGUAGUUUGUCCAGUUUGAAAUACUUAAAUCUCUCUUCCAAUGCCUUAUCUGGUCUCAUUCCUUCAACUUUUGGGUUUCUAAAAUCACUACUCGUUCUCUCAUUGUCCAACAAUCACAUCUCUGGUUUGAUUCCACCGGAGCUUGGGAAUUGUUCUAACCUUCAAGUUUUGAAUCUUCGUUCUAAUUCUUUCAGUGGUCCAAUCCCAAUGGACCUUUCUCGUCUCACCCAUUUGAAUGAUCUUGAUUUAGGUAGAAACAAUUUAACAGGCGCAAUCCCAGAUCAAAUGUCCAAAUGCUCGGCACUGACUUCUCUUUUACUCGAUUCAAAUCAUCUCCCAGGCCAAAUACCAGACUCAUUGUCCAAUUUAUCAAACCUCACAGUCCUCAAUCUCUCUGCAAACAACCUGACCGGACCGAUUCCAGCAAACAUUUCACUCAUCUCUAGCUUGGUCUACUUCAAUGUAUCCCAAAACAACCUCUCCGGCGAGAUUCCAACAAUGCUGGCUUCAAGAUUCAACGAUCCAUCUGAUUAUGCAGGAAAUCCGAACUUAUGUGGGAAACCCUUAAGCACGAAAUGCGAAGAGAUGAGUAAUAGGAAGAAGAGGCUGAUCAUGUUUAUUGCCAUGGCUGUUAGUGGUGGUUUCCUCUUAGCACUGUGUUGUUGCUUCUACACUUACAGUCUCUUGCGGUGGCGCAAGAGGCUCAAAGAAAAGGCUGCCGGAGAGAAAAAGCGCAGCCCAGCAAGAGCAAGCUCAGCUGCAGCCAGCGGAGGUCGUGGAAGUGGCGAUAAUGGCGGUCCAAAGCUUGUUAUGUUCAAUAACAAGAUCACUCUAGCCGAAACAACCGAAGCAACGAGACAAUUCGAUGAAGAGAACGUUCUAAGCAGGACUCGAUACGGGUUAGUCUUCAAAGCCUGUUACAGUGAUGGAAUGGUGCUUUCGAUUCGGAGACUCCCUGAUGGAUCGCUAGACGAAAACAUGUUCAGAAAAGAAGCCGAAUCGCUCGGGAGAGUGAAGCACAGAAACCUCACAGUCCUCCGUGGGUACUUCGCCGGACCACCAGACCUCAGACUCUUAGUCUACGACUAUAUGCCUAACGGAAACCUAGCCACAUUGCUUCAAGAAGCUUCUCACCAAGACGGGCAUGUAUUGAAUUGGCCAAUGCGCCACCUAAUAGCCCUCGGAAUCGCCCGCGGCCUCGCCUUCCUCCACUCCACCGCCAUGGUUCAUGGCGAUGUCAAGCCUCAGAACGUCCUAUUCGACGCCGAUUUUGAAGCUCACCUCGCUGAUUUCGGCCUAGACAAGCUCAUAACAACUUCAGCUACUCCAGAGCCUUCAUCUUCAACUUCAUUAGUUGGGACUCUGGGAUAUGUAUCCCCCGAAGCGACUCUCACUGGAGUCGCCACUAAGGAAUCAGAUGUUUACAGUUUUGGUAUUGUGUUGCUCGAGUUAUUGACGGGGAAGCGGCCGGUGAUGUUUACGCAGCAAGACGAAGACAUAGUAAAGUGGGUGAAGAAGCAAUUGCAGAGAGGGCAAAUCUCGGAGCUGCUCGAGCCGGGUUUGCUGGAGCUGGACCCGGAAUCGUCUGAGUGGGAAGAGUUCUUGCUCGGUGUUAAAGUCGGGUUGCUGUGUACUGCACCCGACCCGCUCGACCGACCCACCAUGGCCGAUAUCGUUUUCAUGCUCGAAGGCUGCCGGGUCGGACCAGAUAUUCCGUCAUCCGCCGAUCCCACCUCCCAACCAUCGCCGGCAUGAAGAGAGGACAAAAAAACCCAAUCUUUAAUUUCUUUUAAAUUUUUUGUUCUUUUUUUUAUUUUUUAUUUUUGAUUUAAUGAAAGUGUAACAAUGGUUGGCUAGUUUUGUUUUGUUUUGGAUUGGAAUUUUUAAUUGGGUUUUGUUUGUUAGUUGGUUUGUAAAAACGCCGUGCCGUCCGGGAGGGAUUGUGUGGAGCCAGGAGUAGUCUAGCUUUAGCUCUACAAUGAGUGAGAGACUGAAAGUGAGUGAGUAAUAAAUAUUUUAAUUUUUGU